CUAGCAGUAAGUGAUCGCAUGCGAUCGGAGUGAAGAAGAAGAAGAAGAAAAGUUGCAUACAUCUCGAUGAGAUAUCACAAGGACAAGAGAUUUUCCUCUUUCAAAUCGAAGAAGCUGGGAUUACCAUCUGUCUUCCUUCUCUGCAUCCUGUUCUUCGUAGCCGGCCUUUACGGAUCCACCUUACUCACUCAUCAGGAUGCUCAAGCCACACAAUCGGACGCUAGACCAGAUGAAGAAGAAGAAGAAAAGCUGCAUACAUCGAUGAAAUAUCACAAGGACAAGAGAUUUUCCUCUUUCAAAUCGAAGAAGCUGGGAUUACCAUCUGUCUUCCUUCUCUGCAUCCUGUUCUUCGUAGCCGGCCUUUACGGAUCCACCUUACUCACUCAUCAGGAUGCUCAAGACACACAAUCGGACGCUAGAUUACUUGAAUCGGUCGUGGAAGAAGAAAUAGGUUAUGAAAAAGACGAUUCGUUGUUCUACGGGGUAACUGGAGAAUCCAACGUUUCUUCCGUACGUUAUCAGGUGCUAAGCUGGAUACCUCGAGCAUUUUAUUUUCCUAAGUUUGCAUCGCCAGAACAAUGCCAAGCCAUUAUCGAAAUGGCACGGCCAAAGCUUAAACAAUCAACCCUCGCCCUCCGGAAAGGUGAAACCAUUGAAAGCACGAAAGGUGAAAGAACAAGUACAGGCACAUUUAUGAGUGCAUCAGAGGAUGGAACUGGAAUAUUGGACUUGGUGGAGAGAAAGAUUGAAAGGGUCACCAUGAUCCCCAGGAACCAUGGAGAGGCAUUCAAUAUUUUGCGUUAUGAGAUAGGGCAAAGAUACGUUUCUCAUUAUGAUGCAUUCAACCCUGCUGAAUAUGGUCCACAGAAGAGCCAAAGGACAGCCUCAUUCUUGUUGUAUUUAUCUGAUGUGGAAGAAGGUGGAGAGACCAUGUUCCCUUUUGAGAAUGGUUCGAACAUGGAUGGGAUAUACGAUUAUGAAAAAUGCAUCGGCUUGAAAGUGAAGCCAAGGGUAGGAGACGGGCUUUUGUUUUAUUCAUUAACACCGGAUGGCAAAAUUGACGAGAAAUCUCUGCAUGGAAGUUGCCCAGUUAUUAAAGGAGAGAAAUGGGUGGCAACUAAAUGGAUCAGAGAUCAAGAACAAGCUGCUAAUUAGCUGAUUAAUAAUCAACAUAAUAAUAAUUAUAAAAUUAUUUACCUGU